AUGCGUUUCUUUGUUCACCAGGAAGCGCGAGACGUCAAGGUUGUCGAUGCGAAGAUCUUCGGAACAAAUCAUGGCACUGGAGUCGCAGUUUUGACUUCUACGAAACGGAUUUAUUUAGUUUACAAUGUAAACGAACCGAAGUUGCGAAGAUUGGCUGAUAUUCCUGGUGUCGAGUCAGUGGGGAAAUCGUUCAACGUCCCAAGUGCUUGGGAGGUUUAUUCCAAGGAUCAUUCCACUCAUGUGAUAGUCGCCGUUGAUCGUGAUCUGUACUCACUUGAAAUGUCGGGAGCUACACCCUUGUACCCAGAUCUUAGCGGCUGCAAUGGCAGUGUCGUUAGCAUCGCAGUUUCGUCGGACGGAACGAGGGGCCUCAAGACCUUCUUCGUGUCGCUGAAGCUAUGCGUUACGUACCGCUUUGGGUCAAUAAAGUACACCACACCGGCGCUACGGCAGCAACCGAUAAGGGACAAUGUUCUGAUUGUCGUCGGCUUGAACCGGGAUUCUUUCAGCCUAAAUUUUGAUCUGUUCGGUGUUCAUUUGGCGGUGGAGAUGGAUUGCGUGCGGAUUUAUACGCCCGCAAGUCACGAAAUAUUGCAGCAAGUUCCUAAAGAUACCGUGAAGGCUUUCAGAAUUGGUUCCAUGUCUCCGGGAGCAAUUCUCAUCGAAGCUUCGAAGGAAUUCGAGAAUCAUAGUCACAAAGCGGACGACUAUAUGAGAAUGAUUCGAGACAACCUAGAUGUCGCUGUUGAGGAGUGCUUGCAAGUGGCGAAUUACGAAUGGAAGAUCGACAUGCAGAAGAUGUUGCUUUGCCCUCAUUCCAUUGGAGCUAGUGCGAAGCCGUUCAUCUUUCUUUUCACCCCGAGUGGCCGUGAAAUCGGUGUCAUAAAGUGGAAUAGUGGACCAAUUUUGGAGAUGGGCUGGUCUGAUACCGAAGAUCUCAUCGUGGUGCAGGAAGAUGGCCAAGUUCUUCUUUACGAUUACCUCGGGAACUACCGCAGGACAUUUGCCAUGGGCCAGGAAGCGCGAGACGUCAAGGUUGUCGAUGCGAAGAUCUUCGGAACAAAUCAUGGCACUGGAGUCGCAGUUUUGACUUCUACUAAACGGAUUUAUUUAGUUUACAAUGUAAACGAACCGAAGUUGCGAAGAUUGGCUGAUAUUCCUGGUGUCGAGUCAGUCGGGAAAUCGUUCAACGUCCCAAGUGCUUGGGAGGUUUAUUCCAAGGAUCAUUCCACUCAUGUGAUAGUCGCCGUUGAUCGUGAUCUGUAUUCACUUGAAAUGUCUGGAGCUACACCCUUGAUCUUAGCGGCUGCAAUGGCAGUGUCGUUAGCAUCGCAGUCUCGUCGGACGGAACGAGUUAUUUCAUGUGGUGUGGCCGCGAUGCCGUCGUUGGCUAUUUUGGAGAUGGAUUGCGUGCGGAUUUAUACGCCCGCAAGUCACGAAAUAUUGCAGCAAGUUCCUAAAGAUACCGUGAAGGCUUUCAGAAUUGGUUCCAUGUCUCCGGGAGCAAUUCUCAUCGAAGCUUCAAAGGAAUUCGAGCUGUACGUCUUCUACAACGAGCGAGCUGCCAAGUUGGGCCUGAGCUUCAUUGAUGGACGGGACCCCAAAGAUUUCGUUAAUGCUUGUCAAACAAUCCGACUUCUGAACGCGCUUCGUGAUCCGAAAAUUGCGAUGCCGUUAACGUACGAACAGUACAUAACGCAAGGGCUAAAGGUGGUUUUGGAUCGAUUAGUUUUGCGUCGACAUCACCUGCUGGCCAUCCGCAUUGCCCAAUUCUUGCUUUCGAAACGGGGUUGGUUUUCGCCACUGAAUGCUGUUGAUCCGCUUGCUGGAGGACGUUAUCCAGAAGCUGAUGAAGCUGUCGGAAGAAUUCUCGUCAAUUGGGCAGUGUAUAAGAUCAAACAAACGCAUUUGGACGCAGAGGAGAUAGCGAGAAGCAUUGCAAGAAAACUCGAUUUAUCCCCAUGCAUAUCGUAUGCGGACAUUGCUGACAAAGCGCUGGAUUGUGGGAAGAAACCUUUAGCCAUCAAAUUAUUGAAAUUGGAAGUGAGUGCCGCCAGAGCAGUGCCAUUGUUACUGAAGUUGGACGAGGAUGAAGAGGCGCUGAAGCAAAGUGUAGCAUCUGGGGAUACUGAUCUGGUGUACAUUGUUUUACUGCGUUUGCUUGACAAACGUCAACUCGGUGAUUUUCAGAUGAUGAUCCGCAGUUAUCCGGUGGCUCAGUCUCUGUACCUCAAAUACUGCGGUUUAGUGAGCAUCGAGAAGCUCCGAGACAUGUACGAGCAGGAAGACAACUUCGUUGGACAGGCGAUUUGUCGUAUCAAGGAGAGUUAUCGCAGUCAGCGCAGCGACGGGAAGCUUGCCGUGCUCAUGAGUGCCGUGGACCAGUUCAAGCACGCUGCGAAUCGCGCCGGAGCCGUCGCACCGUCUUCUGUUACGACCAGCUCCUCGCUUGGUGGAGGGAUCGAGUGGUCGCAGAGUCACAUGAAGCACUGGGCCACGCUCACGCAGGAACAGGUUACCCUACUGAAGCAUCAAAUUUCCCUGGAAGAGGUCCUGGGAAAUCGUACUGGUGUGGAUUUUUUGCAUGACUCUUUGACUGAAACUCUGCUGAAGUUGCUGAAACUGAAUGAAUUGAAGCUUGCAGAAAAACUCAGACUUGAGUUUAAGGUUUCUGAUGACAAGUUCUUCUGGCUUAGACUCUCUUCCCACGCUGAGAAGAAUGAGUGGUUUGAAAUCGAUAAGCUUGCAAGAAUGAAAAAGCAUCCUGGCGGAUUUGAGGCAUUCGUGAAAGUGUGCCUAGUGCACAAAAACUUUUCGGAAGCGAAGCGUUACGCUGAACAAGUCAAGGACGACUUGAAAGUGAAAUACUACGUUAAAGCUGGUAUGCUGGAGGAAGCCGCCCAACUCGCCAUGGAGAGAAAAGACAUAGUUGGACUGGAUUUCGUUGCGAGCAAAUGCGUAAAGCCCGCGCACAGGGAACUCGCCACCCGGGUUCAACGAAUGCAGGAAACUCUUGGCGCGCGAUGA